AUGUCAAGCUUUCAAGAAGCCAUAAUCCAGAACUUUAGCAAUGAUAACAAGAAGCAACAACAAGAAACUGUUCAAGAAAAGCUUCAACAAUUUAAGGUCGAAAAACAAAGAAAAGACAGAGAGCGUUGGAAACCUGGAAAUGGAAUGAGAAUUCUAAUGGUUAUGGAGCAGUUUGCAAUGAGGUUUGAUGGCAAAGAAAAUAAACAUAAUAAUGUUAUUCAAGUUGAUACAGAACAUACAAAAUAUCCACAAGGUUGUACCCAUGGUAAUGCCACUCCAUCGGUACAAGAUGGUGGCGUUCCAGAGGAUCCAUAUGCUUUUGUUUUUGCCGGUAUCCGUAAAAAACAUCGUGUGGUGAAGUUCAAUGACAUAUGCAAAUAUUGUGGAGCAAAACGAUUGCAGUUUGAAUCUCCUGGUUUUUGUUGCAUGAAUGGGAAGACAAAGUUGGCAGACUCCUUUAUUCAUAACGAAUUGCACAGUCUUUUCACUGCAGAAACCGAAUUAGGCAAAUUGUUUAGAAAAAAUAUACGUGCGUACAACACCAACUUUUCAUUUGCAUCAAUGGGUGUAGAUGUGGAUAAAUCAAUGGCUAACAUGACAUCUGGACUGAGAUGUCACAUAGACUACAAACCAAUUGUUGAAAUUUUGACUCGCGUUCUUGCUACAAACCCAUACGUUGCAACAUUCCGUAGGCUUGCUGAUUUAGGACCGCUCGACAAUUACAGAGUCACUUUAAAUGCAUCGAUAGAACUAGACCAGAGAGUGUACAAUCGGCCAACCACAUCUGAGGUUGCUGGUAUUUGGGUUGAAGGUAAUGACAACAUAACCGCGUAUAAAAGAAGUAUUAUAGUUUAUGGGAGGUCUGAAAAACCAUCAACAAUUCAGUCUUAUUGGGCAUGUUAUGAUUCAUUGUCUUAUCCUCUAUUCUUCCCAAAUGGUGAGCCUGGAUGGCAUUAUAAAAUACCAAGACAAGGAGUUUCGAUCAAUGAGAUUGUUAAUGAUACCGAAAUCAUCGAGGAAGAUCUAGAAGAGACUGAUGGAAGAACCGGUAGGAAAACUGUAAGUAUGCGGGAGUACUACUGUUAUAAGUUGCAGAUUCGUUCAAACUUGAACUUAAUUAUGUUAGGAGGAAGAUUGUUCCAACAAUUUGUGGUAGAUAUCUACAUCAAGAUUGAGACUUCGCGUUUGGAAUUUUGUAGAAAAAGCCAAUCCAAAAUAAGAGCGGAGUUAUACCAAGGUGUUGUGGAUUGUAUCAAUGACGGGGAGGAUCAACCAAGUAUGGUUAGGCGACGAGUUGUUUUGCCUGCAAGUUUCAUUGGAGGCCCUCGUGACAUGCGAGGACGGUUUCUUGAUGCUAUGGCUUUAGUUCAAAAUUGCGGGAAACCUGAUAUAUUCCUUACAAUAACGUGCAAUCCAAAUUGGCCUGAAAUCCAAAAUGAGUUACUUCAUUCGCAGACAGCUCAAGAUAGACCGGAUUUGGUUUCAAGAGUUUUUCGUUCUAAGUUACUUGAUCUUAAGGAACAACUCUUCAAGAGGCACGUCCUUGGCGAGGUUGGUGCCUAUGCUUAUGUAAUAGAGUUCCAAAAACGUGGUUUGCCACAUGCCCAUUUUCUCUUGAUAAUGACACCUGAAUGGAAGCUCACCAAUGCAGACCAUUAUGACAAAUACCCUCGACAAUUCAAUGAAACUACGACGCAAGGAAAGGAUGCAUAUCCUGUUUAUCGAAGGAGAGAUACUGGAAUUGUGGUGAAAAAACAAGGUAUUAUGAUGGAUAAUAGAUGGGUUGUUCCAUAUAACCCAAAGUUGUUGAUGAUGUUCAACUGCCAUUUAAAUGUAGAGGUUAUCCAUAUUGAUCCAGAUGCACAACCUGUUCUUAUUAAUGAGAUAAAACGUUUUCAAGAUGCAUGUUAUGUCUCUGCUCCGGAAGCAACAUGGCGAAUUUUUAGUUUUGCUCUUUCUCAAAUCCACCCUAAUGUGAUCACUUUGCAACUGCAUCUACCGAACCAACAAUUGGUUCGAUUUAGUGAUGCUGAUACAAUGACAUCCAUUGUUGAGAAGGAGAAAGAUAAGAGACCAAUGUUGACCGCAUUUUUCAAGAUGAAUAAAGAGAACUUGUGCGCAAGAAAGUACUUAUACAAUGAUUUUCCCAAACACUUCACGUGGAUUACCCAAUCACGUCUAUGGAAUCCUCGAAAACAAGCACCAGCGGUAGGUCGUUUGGUUUAUGCUAAUCCUGCUGAAGGGGAGAGAUACUACCUACGUGUGUUAUUAUGUCAUAUUAGGGGCCCUACAUGUUUUGAAGAUCUAUACACAGUCAAUGACGUAAGACAUCCUACAUUUCGAAAAGCGGCUCUUGAAAGAGGGUUAAUAGAAACCGAUGAUAGUUUAUCAGAAUGUCUUGCAGAGGCAUCCCUGUUUCAAUUUCCCAGUUCUCUCAGAAGGUUGUUUGCAACGAUAUUGGUUUUUUGUGAUCCUGGAGAUGUUCGAAAGUUGUGGAAUUCCCACUACAAUGCUCUCUCAGAAGAUUAUAGGCGACAAUACGACAAUGUUGAACGAGUGCAGAAUAUGGUCCUCACAUAUAUCAACAUAUUCCUACAAUCUAUGAGUAACAAGCUUGAAAAUUUUGAUCUUCCCGCUAUAAAUACAGAGUUGAAUUUACAAUCGGGAGUAUUUUGCGAGGUACAAGAAGAGUGCUCUAUUGUUGUGGAACUUGACCAUUUGCAUGCGCAAGAUUUUCUGAAUCCUGAACAAAAAUAUACGUAUGACGAGAUCAUGAAGCAUGUGUGCACUGAUUGUCCGGGAGUGUUCUUCAUAGAUGGUCCUGGUGGAACGGGGAAAACAUAUCUAUAG